AUGCCCAAUGCCCAAUGGCCCAACGUCUCUGGGGCCCACCCAGAUGGCGUAAACCCAGAAGGGCAAAAAUGUCAGGAUCUGAGACAGGAGUCAUCGCAAGCAGAGGAGACCCUUCCCGGUGGGUCUCCAGAAGCUUCGCUGCCGUCGCAGCCGGUGGUGCAGAACAUGCGCUUGGCCUUCAGCCCCGAUGGGACAGCUGUGUACAAGCCCGCCGCCGCCGCGUCACCCUCCUACAAGGCCCCUUCCGCCGCCGGGAACGGCGGCCCCGCGGAGGCUGCCUCGGCGGACGGAGGCGGCCCUGCCGCAGCGCUGCCCCACGGGAUCAACAUGAACGUUGGCGCGGAGCCGGCGAAGAAAAAGAGAGGGAGGCCCAGAAAGUACGGGCCGGACGGCACGAUUGCGCUGGGCCUCACGCCGGCGGCCCCGCCGAGCACGGUGGCGCCGCCCGGUGGGGGUUCUCCUCGCCCCACCCGGUUUCCGUGGUGGCUCCCCGGCGUCGGCGGGCGGCGGCGGGUCAGGGCCUGCAUCUCCGAAUUCGUUCAAGAAGAGAGGAGGCCUCCUGGUUCUAGCAACAAGAAACGGCAGCUGGAGACUUUAGGAUCACUUGGAAUUGGAUUUACACCACAUGUGAUCACUGUAAAAGCUGGAGAGGACGUUUCAUCCAAAAUAAUGUCGUUUUCUCAACAUGGUCCACGAGCUGUUUGCAUUUUAUCAGCUAAUGGAGCCAUAUCGAAUGUGACCCUUCGCCAACCUGCGAUAUCUGGUGGGACUGUAACUUAUGAGGGGCGAUUUGAAAUACUAUCACUCUCUGGUUCAUUUUUGUUAUCUGAAAGUGAUGGCCACCGAAGCAGAACUGGAGGUUUAAGUGUAUCUCUGUCUGGGCCAGAUGGUCGUGUUUUAGGGGGAGGGGUCGCGGGUCUUCUUACUGCUGCCUCCCCUGUUCAGGUGAUCGUUGGGAGUUUCAUUGCGGAUGGUCGCAAAGAAUCAAAAGCGAACCAUGCAGAACCUUUUCUAGGCACAGCGAGGAUCGGAUCGUCUGGUGGGUUUACAGGGGCCAGCAGCCCGUCUCAUGGGACUCUUAGUGAAUCCUCUGGUGGCCCAGGAAGCCCACUAAACCAGAGCACAGGAGCGUGCACUAACAGCACCCCACAAGCCAUGUCCAUUGUACCGGUACCGUGGAAGUAAAUGUCCACUCGUUAAUCUAAUUCGUGUGGUAGGCUUCGCAUGCUGAUAAAUAGAUGGCUAAUCUAUGUGAUCCUCACCUCUUGUAGUGCCAAGUCCUUGCGUGAGAUCCGUAGAAUAAGGACUCCAAAGUGUGUUUGGAAUAUGUGAAUUAAGUAGAUAGCCAACCGUGAUGUUUCACUGUCGUGUUGGUCUAAUGCUAGAGAUUGGCUUAGUGUUUAUGGUUAGAAGUUUUCAUUGUUGUGAGAUCGGCGAACCUCGUGUUAUAUGGUCCAUGUAUUUAUGGUAUCAGUUUCACCAUAAUACUGGAAGGGGAUUCUUGUCGGCUAAUUUGAUUUAUGAAGUAUGAUUUGUUGCUUUUGAGUGGAA